GUGCAAGUGUCCUUUUGUAGCAGAUAAAACACAGAGAAACAACUAAAUACCAGCCUGGCAGUCACACUUGAUUAUUUAUGUUUUUUAAUGGUAAUUAUAUUAAAAAUAUUUUACAGCAGUCCCUAAAACAGUCUGAAAACGCCCCUAAAACAGUCUGAAAACGCCCCUGAAGGGUCCUCUCUGUAUGUUGUCAUGAACCAGAUCAUCAUUCAAAAGUUGAGUCUGGUGGAAAUCUGGUCUGUGAGUCUCAGAUCUGGCUGUCAUGACCAGGACAUGCUAACAUGCUAACAGCUAAACUCCUCAGACUGCGGCCUGUUGUCCGUAGAUGCUGACAGGUGUGCUGAGCGCCGCCUCCAUGUCACUUUUAUUUCCUCGCCGUCCUGUUCAUGAUGGCAAAAUCAAAAUGGAGGCUUAAGUUAUUAAAACUGAGCAGCUUUAAUCAUUGGCUGCUGAAAUUCAAGGUUGGAGCAGCGGCGAGGAUUAACGUCCUUUAAAGCACAAAGCUUCAUUUCCACGCCAGCCUGCUGUCACUGCCCCUCGCUCGCCCUCGCCCUCUCUCUCUCAGCUGAUCCUCUCAUUUCAUCUCUCUGAUGUUGCCCUCUGCUGUCUUUUGCUCUUUCUCUUCUCGACCAGCUGUCUGUCCCUCGCCGGUCAUCGCUGCCUUUUCCUCGCCGUCUCUUCCUUCUCUGGAUCUUGGCGAGAUAUGAAGCGGCACCAUGGGUUUUAUGGAAUUCUACCUGGAGAUUGACCCCGUCACCCUCAACCUCAUCAUCCUGGUCGCCAGCUAUGUCAUCCUGCUCCUGGUCUUCCUCAUCUCCUGUAUCCUCUACGACUGCCGGGGCAAAGACCCCACCAAAGAGUACGCCCCUGAUAACACGCUGGCGCCGCCCAGCCAGUCGCCCAUACGCCUGGUGGUCAUGCAGAACUCGCCCGCCUCCUCCCGCUAUGAACCCAACAACACGGCCGGACACGAGCUGCAGACGCCAGAUCUGAGCAGGGACAGAGGUGAGAGGGAUCGGGAGAGGGAGCGAGAGAGGGAGCGAGAGCGAGAGAAGAGGAGCACCCUGGUCUAGAGACGAGGACGGGGAUGAGGAUGGAGGACCGCCAUGAAAUGCUGCGUUUUCACGUUCAACUCUUAUUCUACUGUGGACUCUGUUUUUGACCUUUAACCCCCCUGGAUGGCGGGCUGCAGAAGAGCUCAGCAGGAGGUAAGAAGCAAGAAGGGCGGAUCACAACAACAUUUCAAAAACUACGCCUACCUGAGGCGGACCCAACCCAAGUAAAACCCCUACCUGAACUGGACCCCUCCUGAGUAAAACCUCGACCUAAGCCGCACCCUCCAACCCCCAAAAACCCUUACGUCACAGCAGACAUCUUUAGCAAUUAUAAGACAAAUAUAAAAUGACUAAAAUCAUUUAAGAUGACUAACUUAAAAAGACUUAAAAUCACUAAAAUCACUUAAAAUUACCAUAAUCACUUGAAAUUAGUAACUUCAAAUGACUAACUUAAAAUAACUUAAAAUGACUAAAAUCGCUUAAAUUCACCAAAAUCACUUCAAAUGGAUAAUCUAAUAUGAGUAUCUUAAAAUGACUCAAAAUCACUUAAAAUUACUUCAAAUGACUAGUCACUUAAAAUGACCAAAAUCACUUCAAAUGAUCAAAAUCACUUCGAAUGAAUAAUUUAAAAUGACUAACUUAAAAUGACUUAAAAUGACUCAAAUGACUUAAAAUGAAUAACUUAAAAUGACUAAAAUCAUUUAUGACUAACUUAAAAUGACUAAAAUCACUUAAAAAUAACUGUGUGUGUGUGUGUGUGUGUGUGUGUGUGUGUGUGUGUGUGUGAGUGAUUUAUGCUUAGUCCUAAACAUACUCAUACUUUAACGAUGUAGGACUGAGCAUAAAUAUUAGUUAAUGAAGUAAUUCUUUCAUUGUUUUUAUACUAAUUUGAUCUUUUUUUAAAGAACUUUUUUUGAACAAUGAUUGAAAAUUGACCCUGUCAUGACACACACUGGUGUUCUUAUCUACAGUGCACACAGGGACUAAGGUUAAAAUUGGGGCCCUGUGAAUUAUGGGGACUUCUGCUUUGUGGUUAUAGUUGGCAAAACCUUACUGUGAAAGUCAUUUAAUUAACUUUACUGGUUUUACCCAUUUAACUCAAUCUUGUCUGUAUUUACAAAAACUGAUAGCCUCCUGACCUUCUGAGAGCCAAGUCCACUGUGGGGACCCUGGACAAAAACAAAAACAGGACCUUGUGUCUUAUGGGGACAGCUGCAGUUUAAAGACUCUGAAGACGGUUCUUUUUUUGACACAUAUGAUCAGAGUUUUCUGUCAAAGUCUAAUCGUGGUGUAAUGAACCUUUAAACAAGCAAAGAAUACCAAAGAAAAAAAAGGAUUAUUAUGAACUGACUUUGGUGAAUGCAAAAGUAUAUUACAGACUGUAUUUAGACACAAACACAGUCAUUUUAAAUAUGAAUAUCUGUGUGUUGAAGGUCACUGUGUGUCCUAAACAUCUGUUCAUACAUGCACUGUGUCGUGCCAGAGUCUGUAGGCUGCAGAUAUAAUCCACUGUGCAUUAACAAAUGUAUGGAAAUCAAUUAAGGCAGAUAUGUGUCUGAGUUUGUGGCACGGAUCAAGGCCAUUGUCACAACACUGGUUCUGAGCAGCUGAUUGGAUGGAGCUUUCGGUUAUAAUCAGAUUAACAGUAAAUAAAACCUGAUUAAGUUGUCUCUGCAGAUGGUUGUUGACCUCUAAACACCAAAUGAAAAAUAUGAUUAUGUUUUUAUAAAGUUCACACAGUUUGUGAAGAUGUUUGUCAGCUCCUGGUGAUGCUUUUCUCUCUUCAUUAAAGUGGAAUUCAUUGCUGAAAGUUCGGCCAGAAAACUCUGAAUUAUGAUCUGGUUUAAACUUUCCUUAAAGUUUUUCCAACAAGUUCAAACUUACAGUAUGUUGCUGUAAACACGGCUGCAUAAUAAAAGAUACUUUAUGAAAGUGGAUCUACUUUCAUAGAAACAGGAAGGAAAUGUGGUUUUAACAUUUCUUUUAAACCAUUUCAUGUCAUGCACGUGAAGUUUUAGUCGAAACCCUGUUCCUGCUCAAACUCACGGUUUCUAGAGGCAAUAUCAUCGGGACUUCCUUAAAAGAACAAACUAAAACUUUAACUUUUUUUUAGGGUGUAGACUUGGUAUGAAAAAUAUCACCAAUUACAUGAUCAAAUAUGUAAAAUUAAAGCUAUUUUAUCCUCAAAGUCAUGACCAUUUUAAGUUACAACUCCUUAAAAUUCCUCUGGAAAAAUGUAGGGCCUUUCUUUGAGACCCUGUUAAAGUUUACUAGGUGACAGAUAUUACAGACAGAACGCAGAACUAGGGAAGGGGAAACGGUUUCCUUCCUUUAAAAGUCUGAGGUUAGUUUGAGAUAUAAAGAUCUGAGGUAGAAAGGCAGGAAUCUAGCUUAGAUUGCAUCUGUGUUGCACGUCUUUAAAAUACUGUAAUCAUGGUGAAAACUUGUUUGACCUUCGUUUAGAUAGUCGACUUUCAGAGCUAACCCACGCUCUGUGCUCCACCUGUCAGCAGACUAGGUUUUUGGCUAAAAUCUUUUAAUGGGUCAUCGGCACAGAGAGGCGGACAUCUUUGAACAUAGACACUGAUGAUUAGUGUAAUAAUGGAAAAAGACCAACUUGACUGACAUUAUCCCUUCAAGGUCUGUCAGUAUCAGUAGUAGACAGAAAUGUCCACUCCAAUCUCCUCUUUCCUUCCCUGAUCUCACCUCCAUUAACACCUCUAAGUAGAGAAAGAGUUAACCCAGUUAUCACACCUCCAAAUGUCAGACAAGAUGGAGCAGGGGAGUAAAUAUUAGGGCUUGAAAUGACUCGAGGUAAUCACCGAGGGUUAAGAUAGAAGUCCCUUUGUCAGACAGGAACCUUCAACCAAACUCGAGAACUUUGGUUUCCCUCCUGAAAGUCGUUCACCUGCAUGUCAAUAACUGGUGCGAAUCAGACCAUCAGACCAUCAGACCAUCAGACCCAGACUCUGUUGACUCCCCUCCCCCUCAAACCCUGGAAUCUGAGGUCCCAGACUGUAAGCUCCUCGUCCCGCUGUAUGGCGCUCUGAACCGGCCCGUAAAUCCUCUGUCAGACCCCUCCCCCUCCCUGCAUCACUGAGAUGAAUUCAGCUGACAUUAUAAACCCUCAGAGGACAGGAAGUAAUGAAUGAAUGAAUGAAUGGAUGGACGGACAUGUGCUCGUCACUCAUCCCUUUGACGUAUGCUGGGCCGACAGAGGGUUACGGUCCACACGUGUGGCGAGCAGCAGAUGUUGGCGUUAACGCAGAUUUGAUGGAUGGUGUUAAAAGAAGCUGAUUGAGAAACUCAGCUGAUGUUUGUUUGGAGGGAAAUCCUCCACAACACUGUUUAUCUAAUGUAGAAAUACAGUUUACACUCCUAAUGGCCUUAACGUAUGUUUCAUUAACCAUCUGUGCCGGGGCGGAGGUCAUGUGACACCAUCACGCUGAUAUCUGCACACAGCUGAGCACAAAGUAAAGCCAGCAGAGAGGAAUCUCGAUGAUCUGAAGGUCAUUUUUCAGGUUUUCAAACUGCAAUUCACCAAAAUCUCAUCAAAGACCUUUACACCGAAUCAGAAAGAUGGAAGAAUCUGACCUCAACGUUAGCAUGAGCUGGAAAUGGAGGACGGUGUUUCAUCGGCAUAGAGAGGAAGUCAGAAUGUCGAGAGGUCUCAGUCAGGCUAAAGAUGAUCGCUGAGAGGUAAAACAGAGUGGACCCAGGAUCGACCCCUGUGGGACCCCACAUACAGGAGGAAGAGAUCUAGCUGCUCAGAUAAAAACAUUUUACCCCCAAUUUUCACCACAUCCGGAACGGCCAAUUACUACCAGAUCCAUUUGAGAGGUUAAUUUUGUGGCAGGUUACAGACAGCAGGAAUCGCGAGAACUCACAAGAACCCACGGAUUCACGUUCAAUCAUGCAAUAAUGAGUUGUCUCUAUAAAUACAGACACAUAGACAUAUAAGCAGUAGAUUGUGUCCUUCCAGAGGAGGAAAUCUACUUCUAGACUUCUAGAAUCAGCAUCUCCUCAUCCAUGGUGUCAUCGGGGUGAAAUGACGUCUAAAAACCUUUCACUUGUUCGUCUCCGCCCACGUUUGCCAUCCUGGAUGCGGUGGAAAUUGGGGGUUACGGUCCGAUAAGUUUGAAGGAACCAUUUCAUCAAGAACCAGAGCCGGCUCGUUUCACAGUCAACGAAGUAAAUCGACCGUGUCAAAAGGAGGCCGCAAAAACCCUCGAACCCGGGACUGAGGAGAGCUGUGAUCCUGACUUUACAAACAGACUCUCUUCACAGUUCAUACAUGACAUCCGUGACGAGAGACAAACUCAUGAAAUCGUCUGAACAUUUGUUGGAGGUUUCCUUGAGUUAGAAGGUGAAACAAGAAAAUACUCAUUUGCAGAAACAAAGUAAGCUAACUGUUUUUUUUUAUGUUUCCUCAGGGUUUUGGUCGGCGUGCUGCAAAUCCUGAAGCCCCAUAAAUCCCAUCAUCGACCUCCAUCAUAAAACUGUUCAUUGUGGACCCUGGGAAGGACUAAAGAGGCUGAUGAGGACUCAAAGAUGUCCAGCAGGUCUCACCUCAGCCGGAUCUCUGAGGUGCGAAUAUCCUGGAGGACAGUCGAGACAUUUUAAUCCUGACUCCGGACUGGACUGGUGUCCCCGGACUUUGAGUUUGAGGUCUCACGUCUGCUGGACAACAGAGAGGAGAUUCAGAGGAAACUGCCGUGAGAACUGACUAAAGAUGGCAUCAACUUAGACUUAACAGUGGACUUCACACCCUGACUUUUUAUUUAACUUAAACUGAGCUGGACGUGGACUUUUCUAACACUGUACUGUCAGUGAGAACAACAUGUGAUCCUAUCACGACUUUUGUAACAGUCCAGAAAUCUGAGAUUACGUUAAAAGUGUUGACUGGACUAUUUAAGCGAGUCUUUAGAGAAAUGAGAAUCAGAAAACCAAAGGUGGUCUGUUAGAGGAUCCACAGACCCUGAAGUCCAGUUUGUUGGUACCAGGCCUUUAUUUGAAGUAGGCUUAUAUUACAGGGUCUUUAGAUCAGAUUCUCUCUGAACAAAAACAGGAUCACACACUCAGUCAGCUCUUCUAGAUGUUUUCUAAUUCACAAAACAUGAACAAAGGGUUAAAUGCACCACAAACUGCACCACUGGAUCUGGUUUUGUCUCCUGUUAGAUCAUGUUUUAGCGCCAUGGGACCAGUUCCUGUGAUGAGCUGGUCCGUCAGAUGUGGUCUAACGUCAGAACGCCGUUAGGGCGAGCGGAUUAAGCGCCUUUCUCGGGCUGAAUCUGGUGGUCGGCGUUAUGAGCAGUGGUUACUGUGCACAUUUGUGCAGCCGGCUUAAUCUCACUUCCUUCCUAAAAUUGACAAAAUCCUCUCCGACCAAAAGACUCUCGCCUCCCACGUCAGGUCCUCCCCGCUCGCUGAUUGGUUCUGGCACCACCGACAGAUGAUCCAACCCCGGGUCUUUAGCGGACUCGUGCCACCGCGGCCUGAACCAGGACAAAUCCUCUUACGUAAAACAGCCGGCCAGCUGAGCAGCCCACCAAUGGCUGCGGCUCAUCCAUAAUAUGAAUUGCACAAUUACCCCCCCCUUCAUAUUUCAUGUCUGUGGAUUAAAUGCUGACGGCGGCCGAGUAUUAGGAGCCUGUGUUAUGUAUUUGUUUUUGCCCUGUGCUGUUUUUUUGUCCAUCGGGAAGGUUACGUAAACUUCAGGUCGUCAACGGGCGGAGAUGUGGCGGUGUUCAGACCGACCUGACGGCUCAUCUGAUGCCCACAUGUGUCUGAGGGUGAAGACACGCCGAAGACAGGACAAAAAACUGUAACAGUCAGUGAGGUGGUCUUUGGACGGCUGAACCUCCUACUAAAGACCUGAAAACAGUGAAGACCACCAGCUCAGAAAGUUCCUGAAGUGUCGCUGAAAAGGACCAAACUGUGUUUCCCUCAGAAAUGUAAAUACAGACUGUAAAUAAAUCAUAACUUAUUGUCCUGAUUGUAAAAUGUGUCAUAAAUAAAGACGACGUACACAUCA